AUGGUAUACUUAGAACACCAAUUCAGUAACAGGGAUACCGAAUCAAUCAUGGCCGCCACAGCAAAAGUGACUAAGGAGACCAAGCAAACCAAGCCUGCACAGCAGGCUGGUAUGAUAAAGGAUUUCCAAGAGGCAUACCAUUUAUCUAUGAAAUCUUAUUGGGAACAAGUUAAUAAAGAUAGCAGAUUGAAGUUGAUCGAUAUUUUCUGUGCAUUUUUAGUUAUUCUUGGUGUCAUUCAGUUUUCGUUUAUUUGUUUGAUUAGAGAUAAUUAUCCAUUCAAUGCAUUCUUGGCAGGUUUCAUAAUAUGUGUGGGCCAGUUUGUGCUAUUGAUUAGUUUAAGGUUACAAUUAUUGAAUCCAUUCCAGAAUAUUUCCAGGAAUAGGGCCUUUGGAGAGUUUGUUAUUGCUAGCUUGGUGCUUCAUUUUAUUUGUCUACAUUUCAUCAAUUGA